CACGACUCCACCCGCCUACAGCUUCUGCUGCUCAGUGUUUAGUAAACUUCACAGGAUGUUUCAGAACUGGAUGUGGUUUCUUCCUCAGCGACAGCAGACUUCGCAGCUCAGACCAGAGGAAAUAAACCCAGAAAACUGCUUCUUCUUACUGCAUUCUGCUCCAGAGGACUGUGAGAGGACUGUGAGAGGAGAGGACUCCCAGCAGCAGCAGCAGCAGCUCGGCUCCGGUCCGGUCGGUGUCUCGGCGUGUCGGUGGGUCGGACAGAGUACCUGCCGUACUCCCGCGGACCUGAUUGAAGACUGCAGAGUACACACAGGCCCAUAAUGAUGAUGUCAGAGAAUAUGGAGCAGAGUGAUGAUGUCAGCGUCCUGCACCCCCAUGAGGUGGAGCCCCCCAGGGAGGAGGACGGACACUGCCUCCUGCCCUUCAGGCUGCAGCUGAUCGAUGACCUGACCUACGAAGACGUGAAGAAGUGUUACCGAGGAUCAACUGUCAGCAAGUACAACUCUCAGUACCACAAAUUGUUCCAGACGGUUCCUAAAGAGGAGAUCCUGAUGAAAGUGUAUUCGUGUGCGUUGUUGCGAGACAUCCUGCUGCAGGGACGACUCUACAUCUCCAGGAACUGGUUGUGUUUCUAUGCAAACCUGUUUGGUAGAGACAUCAAGGUGUGUAUACCGGUGGUGUCCGUUCGGCUGGUGAAAAAACACAAGACGGCCGGCCUGGUGCCAAACGGCCUGGCCAUCACCAUGGAUACCGCUCAGAAGUACGUGUUUGUGUCCCUGCUGUCCAGAGACAGCGUCUACGACGUCCUCCGGAGGAUCUGCACUCACCUGCAGGUGAACGGGAAGAGUCUGAGUCUGAAGCAGUACCUGGAGGAGCCCAGCUCUCUGUCUAUGGACGAGUUUCCAGAGGUGUUGAAGUGGCGGAGGAAGCCCUCGCUCCCCGCCGUCUCCUCGUCCCUCCCAGACCUGCUGGGAAGCUCCUCCCCCGGCCUCGUUGCAGACACGCCCUUCAUCACGCACACGCUCACAGACAGCAGUCUGGAAACAGAGAGAUCCGAGAUCAGAAAGAUCCUGCUGACAGAACCAGUACCUGAACUGGGUCACGUGGAGUACCAGCUGCUGAAACUCUUCAUCCUGCUUGUCUUCCUAUUGGUCCUGUCGUCCUGCUAUCUUGCCUUCAGAGUUUGUCGUCUGGAGCAGCAGCUGAGCUUCCUGAGCAGCCAGCCCACGCUGAGAGAGAGGUGUGGCGAGGUGCCCUGCUGGCUGGCCAAUCAGAGGACAGGAACCUGACACUGAAGCCAAUCAGGGAGUUAAGAAGAAACUUGCACUUACAUAGACUUCCCAUCAGGGGGCGGCGGUGAGCAGAGACAGCUCUCAGGAGGACUGUAGCAGCGUCAGCAGCUAAACUCUGAGCCCGCCACGACCUGGUUACCAUAGAGACGUCACAAUAGACAACAGAAACAGUAGACUGACCUUUGACCUCUGAGGAUGAGGUGAUGGGGUGGACACGCAGAGGGCACGUAGAGGUCAGGAGGCUGGAGGGACGACGAUAUGCUGUAACAUAACAGAUGUAGAUUAAUGUGAAGCAGACUGAAAACAGUGAGUGUGUGUUUGUUUGUGUGUGUGUGCGCGCAUGUGUGUGUGUGUACAUAGACUUAACGGUAUUAGGUGUCAAACAAUCAGCCAACUAACGCACCGUAAAUCCACCGCGUACCUGCUACGGCUAAAGUGCGUAUAUUCCUGUACUUUGGCGAGAAACAUACUACGCUUCAGUUGAAGAAGAUAUCUAGGCUUGCGUAUAGACCCUUUUAGUGUCAACGUCAUGAUGAGGUCACGGUGUUAACUGGAGGCUAAACAAAGGAAAGACUGGAGGCUAACACAGUGGGCUAAAGCUACACAUCUAAAAUGUCAUCUUGCUGUGUUGUUGGG